UGAAACCUAACCCCCCCUCUGGGGUGUCACCCGCCCCACCCGGCCAGUCCACCCGCUUGGAAGGCAAGCUUGGCAAGCCAGAGUCGACGGUCAUGUCCCAAUAAGUCCCUUGAGUCUGACGCAACCCUCAAGAUCCAUCGACCCAAGUCAAGCUCUACUUCUUCAAAUCACUCACAAUGGCUGUAGGUAAGAACAAACGUCUCUCGAAAGGCAAGAAGGGUAUCAAGAAGAAAGUCGCCGAUCCUUUCACUCGUAAAGAUUGGUACGAUGUCAAGGCUCCUUCGAUGUUCGAGAACCGAAACGCUGGCAAGACCUUCACCAACCGAUCUGCCGGAAUGAAGAACGCCAACGACUCCUUGAAGGGCCGUAUUAUCGAACUUUCCCUCGCCGAUCUGAAUAAGGAUGAGGAACAAGCUUUCCGUAAAAUCAAGCUGCGUGUUGAUGAAGUUCAGGGCAAGAACUGCUUGACCAACUUCCACGGAAUGGACUUCACUUCCGACAAGCUCAGGUCCCUCGUCCGAAAGUGGCAGACACUGAUCGAGGCUCACAUCGACAUCCGUACCACCGAUGGAUACAUCCUCCGACUCUUCACGAUCGCCUUCACGAAACGUCGACCCAACCAGAUCAAGAAGACCACCUACGCCAAAUCCUCUCAAAUCCGAGAGAUCAGGCAAAAGAUGUUCGAGAUCAUCAACCGUGAGACCUCCACCUGCGACCUCAAGGAACUUGUCAGCAAGUUCGUCCCCGAGGUCAUUGGUCGUGAGAUCGAGAAAGCCUGUCAAGGCAUCUACCCCCUUCAAAAUGUCUAUGUCCGCAAGGCAAAGAUCCUCAAGGCGCCCAAGUACGACCAGAACAAAUUGUUCGAGCUACACGGUGAAUCAGGUGGUGACGAAGCUGGCAAGAAGGUUGUUGGCGAGUUCAAGGAGCCUACUCCUUUAGCUUCCGUUUAAAAACAAAUUGACGCAUGCUCGUUGUAAUGAACCUCAUCCUGGAAUAAUAAACCAUUCCAAAUCCUGAAGUUCUGAUUCGGACUUCAACAAUAGCCCUCUAUCGCCCUCUCCCUUGAGUUGAUCAAUCAAAAUUGUCCCCCUGCACCCAUCGGCCUUCAUUAGUCUCAACAUGAAAAAUAACUUUUCCCCUAUCUAUGCAAUAUGAACCCCCUCCUGAACACG